AUGAAGUCCCACUCCGGAGGUGGACUUGGCCACAGUGAGUUCAUUGUUUAUGAUCCAGCUCAAGUCCGCAUGCGUUACUUAGUGGAGUUCAACAACUUUGAGAGCCCCACUGAAAAGUAUGAACGAGAGAAGGCUGAAGCUGAAGCACGUGGAGAGUCCCAUCCAGCCAAGAAGCUCCGAGCAGAGGAGCCUGAAGAGCCGGAGGAGGAUGAGGACUGGGGUUUUACAAAGACCCAAUCAAGCCCAUCAGAUCCCCACAGAUUGGCUGAAACGUCGGGGCAGACAUAUUCCAAGAUCUUUCGAAACUCCGUGGAAGAGAUGUUGCAGCUUGGACGCCCUCCCAACAUCGUGAGAAUAUUGCUUGUGCGUAUACUCCAAUCCUAA